AUGUGUGGAAUAUCCCGUGAAACAGUGAACAUGCUCCGAGUCUCCACCUCCUUCCUGAUCCUCUUUUCAGCUGUUCUGAGCCACGAAUUCAUCGCUGAGCCCUUGUUUCAUGGACUGUCUGAAGCAAAUAUUGGUGGUAUUCAGGCGAGGGACGGGUACUUGAUGCUUUGUAUUUUGUACUUUACCAACACGGUCAGCUGCUUUUUUGCUCCAUUUGUGGUAUCCAGAAUUUCUGGAAAAUGGGCAAUGGUACUUGGAAUGGUUGCGGCUUUUUGUAUGCAGGCCGCCUAUAUGUUCCCGAAUCGGUAUAUUUUAAUGGUGACAUCGGCGCUUGGCGGAGCUGGAGCAACGCUUCUCUGGGUUGGCCAGGGGCAAUAUAUCACUGAAAAUAUUUCGGAAGCGAAUCGCGAGAAGAACACCUCGAUUCAAUGGGGCUUCUACAAAAUGAGCUUGAUUUUUGGCGGAGUUUUCUUCUUUUUCUACUUUCAAAACUCCUCCAUUGAUGCUAUUGUGGCCAAUGGACAAAUGCAAAUCUUCUUCAUAGUAUUCAUGACAUUCACAGUUUUAUCCAUAAUCAAUAGUAUCUUUCUUCCACAAAGUCAAGUGUCUCAAAAUCAAGCUAUUCUUCCAUUUUGUGAAACGUUUGUCAACAGCUUCAAAUUGCUGAAAACUCCAAGGAUGUUCUGCUUUACGAUUUUCUUUUUCUACACCGGAUUGAUCAGGUCUUUCUGGAUUUCAAUCUACCCGGCAUGCAUCAAAUUCACAUCUCAACUUUCCACCAAUACAACUGCUAUCCUAACUAUCGGAAUGAUUGUCACUGGCUGCGGACAGGUUAUCGGAUCACUUUCAGUCGCAGUCAUUGGAAAUAAAAUCCGAAAAUUCGGCCAGCAUACUCUCAUUCUCUGUGCUCUCAUUUUACACAUUUUCUUGUGUGUUAUGAUCUCCUUGACAUUCCCCAAUGAUGCUCCACUGGGACAUACUGAUAAGAAUGGUCCAGUUUUUGGCGCGAGUGUGCUCUCUGCGAUGACUAUUUCUGCAUUAUUGGGCUUCGGAGAUGCUAUUCUGCAGACACAAGUUUAUUCUUAUAUCGCCAAAUAUUAUCAGAAUGAGAGCAGCACUGUUUUUUCGAUUUUCAGAUUUUCUAGUGGAAUUGCUUCUACUCUACUUUUCUUCGCUGCACAAUAUUUCCAUUUGAUGCACCAUCUGAUUUUAAUAGCGAUUUUCGCAGUUCUCAGUGGGCUGGCCGUUUUGAGGUUUCAAAAAUCUUCUGCAGCAGUUUCUGAGAAGCAAAAAGCUCCUAUAACUGUCAUUCCUACUGGCAAACUUGGCAGCUUACGGUCUCACUCUAUCUCACCGCAACCACUGGUAUAAUAAAAAUGUAUCUCGUUGUAAUUGUUUUAAGUUUUACGAUUUUGUUAAAUUUAAUUUUUUGAGAUGUAAAUAAACUUAUUUCAACAAGUA